AGACUGCACAUAUAGUUGAGGAAAACCUUUUAUAAACCAUCUUUUCUUUUAUAUGACAGGUUCUCUAGCAGCUGUAGCAGCUUUUUCAAUGGCUCUUGGUGGCAUUUUGGCUUCAGAUAGGCUGUUUUUAGGACUGUUAAAGCAUCUACUAAAUUGCCCAAUGCAGAUAUUCCAAGAGCACUCUAUGGGGCAAUUCAUAAACCGCUACUCAUCAGACAUAGCUGAAAUAGAUUUUAUUGUUCCAUUUACCAUACGGUCAAUGGUCAAUAUUUUGCUUCAACUGGCUUCCGUUCUUGGUCUAAUUUUGUAUGCAGUUCCUGCCUUUGGAAUAAUAAUCCCAAUCUUGGUUAUUCUAUACUAUGUUUUACAGAGAUUUUAUGUUGCAACUUCAAGACAACUUAAAAGAUUAGAGUCAACACUUAGAUCACCAAUAUUUUCUCACUUUGGAGAGUCAAUAAGUGGAGUGUCCACUAUCAGGGCUUAUGGACAACAGAGUAGAUUCAUAUCUGAUUCAGAGAGAAAAGUUGAUGUAAACAACCAGUGCUAUUUUCCUUCUAUUGUUUCUAAUAGGUAUGUAUUUCUGUAACUUAAAUAAAUCAGUGAUGAUUCUUUUACUAUAUUUAGCAGAAUUUCACUAAAUUUGAAU